UCCAUUUUAGGUUUCGGACUGAAAAGAACCCAAAAACAUCAGAAAAAAAUAACAAAAUUUUGUGUAAAAAUUUUCUAAAUUUCGAAAAGUUUGAUUUUUCUCUGAAAAAAAAAAAAAAAUAAUGGAGUACGGAAACGGUAUGCAGUUCGGUGGUUUUGGCCAAGGCGGUGAAGGUUAUGAGGUGAACUAUGACCAGAUGAGCACUAGCCAGGGAUAUGGCCAGGAGCAGGGUGGCUUUGGCCAGGAGUCGAGGAGCUACCAGAGCGGAUCGGCUGCCCUUGGAGGUCCUGGAUACCGCAGUCCCCUGCGGUACAGCAAGAUUCUCCGCGAGAUGAACUCCCGCAACGGACUCUAUUCCCCCAUGGAGCAGCAGAGGGGAGGUGGCCAGGGCGACUACUACAACACUCUGCCCGGCCUUGGUGGCCACGAAGGUCAGACGUACCAGUCGCGUGGAAACGGAAACUCCUACUACUGAAAGUUGUCUUGCGCAUAGUUUGUGGAAAUUUAUAAAUUCGAGGUGUUUCAAGAACAUACAAAUAAAGUUUCAGAUGUAAUGUUAGAUUUCAAGAA